GACCGGGUGGGGUGCGUAUGGGGAUGCGGUGGUCGAGGGCCACGCAGCCCAGCUCCCUUUGGGCGCUCCAAAGCGCAAAGUAGCCAGUUGGAACUACAAUUCCCAUCAGCCGCCUCCCUCGCGUGCCUGAGCCCGCGUGAUGGGGGUUGUAGUUCGCUCUCCGAAGGAGCCGGCCUGGGAGGCGGGAGGGGCGGCCAAAGCUGGACGUCCUCCCGGUGACCUUCUGACUGAUCCUCACAGCUACCACCUGGUCGGGAUCAGCUUCUUUAUCCUGGGGCUGGGCACCCUCCUUCCAUGGAACUUCUUCAUCACAGCCAUCCCGUACUUCCAAGGGCGGCUGGCGGGGGCCAACAGCACCACCAAGACCCUGGGCACCAACCACACGAGCCCUGCUGAUACCUUCAACUUCAACAACUGGGUGACAUUGCUGUCCCAGCUGCCCCUGCUGCUCUUCACGCUCCUCAACUCCUUCCUGUACCAGUGCAUCCCUGAGACGGUGCGGAUUCUGGGCAGCCUGCUGAUCAUCCUGCUGCUCUUUAUCCUGACGGCGGUGUUGGUCAAGGUGGACAUGAGCCCCGGGCCCUUCUUCUCCAUCACCAUGGCCUCUGUCUGGUUCAUCAACUCCUUCGGCGCAGUUCUGCAGGGCAGUCUCUUCGGGCAACUGGGCACCAUGCCUUCCACGUACAGCACCCUCUUCCUCAGUGGCCAGGGCCUGGCUGGGAUCUUCGCCGCCCUUGCAAUGCUCAUGUCCAUGGCCAGUGGCGUGGAUGCCCAGACCUCUGCCCUGGGGUACUUCAUCACGCCCUGUGUGGGCAUCCUCAUGUCCAUCGUGUGUUACCUGAGCCUGCCCCACCUGAAGUUUGCCCGCUACUACCUGGCCAAGAAACCAUCGCAGGCGCAACGUCAGGAGCUGGAGACCAAAGCUGAGCUCCUCCAGUCUGAUGAGAAGAACGAAAUUCCCAACAGCCCCCAGAAGGCAGCCCUGCCUCUGGAUCUUGACCCUGAAAAGGAGCCAGAGAUGGAGCCAGAGGAACCCCAGAAGCCAGGAACACCUUCGGUUUUCAUUGUCUUCCGGAAGGUUUGGCUUGAUAGAGCCCUGCCUUCCCUGCCCCCACAUCCCUGGGGAAGAGAGGGCUGCUCUCUCCAGCCUUCCCCACAGACUCUCAGAUUAGACUGGGGCCUUAGGACUCCCCUUGUCCACCCUAAGGUGACAGGAUCAUGGAGGGUCAGGGACAUGCUGGGCCAGGCCCUGGUGUCCUGUUCCCGGGCCAGGGCUUGGGCGGGAGGGUUGGGGCUGCAGGUGGGGCUCCGGGUCUGUCCCGCCAGCUCACACCCCUGCCUCUGGCUCCCAGAUCUGGCGGACGGCGCUGUGCCUUGUGUUGGUCUUCGCAGUCACCCUGUCCGUCUUCCCUGCCAUCACUGCCAUGGUGACCAGCUCCACUGGUCCUGGGAAGUGGAGUCAGUUCUUCAACCCCAUCUGCUGCUUCCUUCUCUUCAAUGUCAUGGACUGCCUGGGACGGAGCCUGACCUCUUACUUCCUGUGGAUGAGGACAGCCGGCUGCUGCCCCUGCUGGUCUGCCUGCGAGUCCUGUUCGUGCCACUCUUCAUGCUGUGCCAUGUGCCAGAGAGAUCCCGGCUGCCCAUCCUCUUCCCACAGGACGCCUACUUCGUCACUUUCAUGCUGCUUUUCGCCGUGUCAAAUGGUUAUCUGGUGUCCCUCACCAUGUGCCUGGCGCCCAGGCAGGUGCUGCCACAUGAGCGCGAGGUGGCUGGGACACUGAUGACCUUCUUCCUGGCCCUGGGGCUCUCCUGUGGGGCCUCCCUCUCCUUCCUCUUCAAGGCGCUGCUCUGAUGGUGUCGGGGGCCUCCCAGCAUCUCUCUUUGGAGCUGAGACGCAGAGCCGGGGGAAUGGCAGGCUGCGCUCGAGCCUCUGCGGGGCUGGAGCCCCUUGGGCUGAGGGUGUCAAGAGGCGGUGCGUGCUGCUCUCCUCCCUGGGCUGACAGCCGCUGGGGGCGCUGCAAGGACGAAUUCGCCACCUGUCUUGGCAACCUUCACCUGGGAGUGGAGCCGCCACUCGGACACCAGAUGAUCAAGAUGUGCCUAAGACGCCACCGAAAGGGUGACGAUCUGGGAAAAGAGGGCCGAGGACCAUGGCCCUUCCUCGCCGUCGGGAGGAACCCACUCGCUCAGAGACCACAGGCGGGGCUUUGCCAACGGUGUGGCUGCGGCCUCGGAUUCAGAAUGGGAGUGGGGGCCAGCCCAGGGCAGGAGCUCCUCUGCUCUCUGGGCCUCAGCAACCCCGUGGCCAAGUCUCUUGGACUCCAGAAGAGAGGAUUCCAGGGGUGCUGGGGGGACCAGCGAGAAGCAACAGGAGGCAGACCUCUGAGGAUGCUCAAAGCACCCUCCUUGGGCCCAAACAGUGUUUAUGUCACCAUUAUGUACUGUGCCCGCUCCCCAGGCCUCAGCUGGGCCUGGGUCCCAGAACUGCAGGUAGCCCGCUUGCAUGCACAGCACUUUACAGUUUGCAAAGCUCUUCUACACCCACUCUCUCACCGAAGCCUCACUGAGGGGACUGUGCCCCCCCCCCUUUUGUACAGGUGAGGAAACGGAGUCCCAGGGGAAGUGACUGGUUCUUGGCACAGCCGGUCCCAGCCCCCACCUCCCUGUAGGUGCUGUCCUUCCUGUCUACUGCCUGCUGCCCUUUUCCUCGAGGGGCUCACGGUGAGAGCCCUAAGUCCCUGUUCCACCUGUUUUCUGGUUGUUGCCCUCUGACCCUGCUCCCGGGUCUAAUAACAACCUUCCUUGUUUGUACAGUGAA